AGCAGCAGCUAGGUGACUUGUAUACUGCCUGAGUGGACAUGAGUAGCUACAAAUCUGGAAAAUAAAAUCCAAACUAUUUCAAUUCAUAUGGCUUAGGUUCCAGUUCUGAUUUGAUCUCAAAUCACUGUGUCAUCAUACCUAAGGAAUCAGACCGUUUUGCGCCGAAAGUGUCUGUACAAAUACCGUUGGAGUAUGCGAUCUUUGUUGGCGAGCUAGGUAGGGCCGGGAACCAAACCUCGGAGUGGAAGUAGUGAUGCAUGCCGUGUUUUCGUCGCCUUGAAGCGGAAGCAACAGCAACAGAAUCGUUUGUGUACUCGGGUGACUGUCUUUCGUUUAUCUUUAAGCUUAGUAUUUAACGAUCAACAGCUAGCCAGCCAACUAGCCAGCCAGAGUAAUAGCAAGAUUUGUAGCUAGCUAGCUAAAACUCUUGUUUACACGUAUUGGCUAGCCGGUCGGAUGUUCCGCCGUACUCUAGCUACAGUAGCUAGCUAGCUUGCUGGCUCUGGACUCGAUUUUUGGACGGAAAAUGUUCUGCGGCUAUCUUACUAGCUAACAUCACAACAUAUAUACGAUCAUAUCUAGUUUCGUUGGAUGUGAGGUUCAGGUCAGCAAGCUAGAUACACUGUAUAAUAAUAGAGAUGUUCUCUGUUGUAUCUAACUUAACGUAUAACAACUCCGGUGUCCGGACUAGCCUGCUAGCAAGUUGGCAGAUCAUGGUAUGGUUAAUAUGAUGGAUUUCCCUCGUAAGUGUCCGAAGUCCUUUUUUGAAUAGGUGUAAAGCUGGCAGAGUUAGCUGGCUAAAAUAAUCUCGCUGGCCAUACUUAUUGUUGUUGUUUGCAAUGAUUUGUUGCUAGAGAAUAGAGAUAGCGAGGCAGCCAGUUGACAUUUUGGCAGUUCAUUCGAAAUAUGUUCUUUGUGUUGCUACCUAACCUCUCGGAACAGAACAAUAGUCUAAAACGUAACCAGAGCUCAUCAUAGCAAACAUCGAUGUGGUUUUCUUCCCAGGUCAUAGCACAACAGGAAAAUUCGUUUGCAUUGCAUUCUGGAUUUCUUGCUCAUGUUUUUGGUAAACAGCAGUCAGAUAGACAGCUGUGUGGUUUGAUGGAAACUGCUGAAAUUCAAAUAUCUUAAGCAGACGUGCAGCCAUCGGGAGUGGUAAGAGCCAGUUGUUCAACCUCAAAACCAUUUUGUUAUCUGGCUACCUGGUGAUUUGUUCUCGGCGGGAGCUGUCGGACGGAUAAUUAGAAGUUGGCUAAGUUCGCUUGCUAGGUAGUGUGUCUACGCAUACGCCGUCACCCCAGCUUUGUUCAAUAUGAUCUUGUGAGCGUCAUUCAGAUUGCAACUGUUAACUAGGGCAACGGCUUUGACAGGUUUUCACAACUGUAUUUAGCGAGUUAGCUAUAUGCCAGAGACGUUAGAUACUGUUUAGAUACCCCGAAAUAUUCCACAUCCUUGCUGAAGAGAACGCUAGCUCCCUUCCUGCGGAAUUCUGAGUAGGUCGACGAAUUUAAUGUGAAGGUGCAUGCAGUAAACGUUUGAUCUGGAACGGGACGUACAAGAAGGGUGCUCCCGGGAGAGGUGUUUACGGGUACACCCAUCUCCCACCUCACCUGGUUCAGAUGCGAGGAAAAAUGGGCACCCCGGGCAGCCCAGUCAAGAGUUAUGACUAUCUCCUCAAGUUCCUCCUGGUGGGAGACAGUGACGUGGGGAAGGGGGAGAUCCUGGACAGCCUACAGGACGGAUCAGCCGAGUCCCCUUAUGCAUACAGCAGUGGGAUUGACUACAAAACCACCACAAUUCUUCUGGAUGGGAGAAGAGUCAAGCUGGAACUGUGGGACACCUCAGGACAGGGUAGAUUCUGCACCAUCUUCAGGUCAUACUCCAGAGGGGCACAGAGACUGUGA